AUGGAAUCGGAAACACUGGUUCAGGAGACUGAUUCCACAUCACAGUCUCGGUUAAAACUCAGUCGACGAAGGGACAAGCCGCAACUAUCCUGUAACCCCUGCCGACGGCGCAAAUCACGAUGUGACCGCCAGCAACCAUGUUCAUACUGCUCCACACGGGGGCAAAUCUGUACGUAUGUGGACAACCCAAACAUCACAGGACCUUCAAAGCCUCAGCCAGCGUCAGCGCCUGGAGUCCACGAACGUCUGGUACAGCUGGAGCGACUUGUGGUGUCGCUGAUGGCCGACUCGGCUGGUAAAGUUCAUGCUGGUCCAGCUCCCGACCUCGCUGCACCAUCCGUGUCAAAAGGUGGGCCCCCUGCGGACGCUGUCAUCGACGGGCAUUCCGAAUGUGGCAGCAUGCGCAUCAGUGAGUCCGAGCUCCGGUAUGUCGGCGGUGAUCACUGGGCGGCAAUUCUCGAUGGAAUCGCAGAUUUGAAAGACCACUUCGACCACGACGAACAGGUUCGACUAGCUAACACCCCCGAUCAGGUCGCAGAUGAGCAAGGCAAUGGCCUGGCACGGCCCAGGUCCGGGUAUGCGCUACUUUUGUAUGGAUGCCGCCGGCCGAGUUCUCAAGAGGAAAUCCUUAUGGCAUUGCCACCAAAGGCCGCUGUCGACCGGUACAUAUCCCGCUACUUCAAUUACCUGGAUCUGGUGUCCUCAUGUCAGUGCCCCAUCUUACUCCGUGAAUACGAGGCAUUCUGGAUGAAUCCAUCAAGCGUACCGAUCAUCUGGGUUGGCCUUCUGUUUAGCAUGAUAUGCCUUGCAUGUCUGACGUCCGACACAUCCGAUUCCGACGCGGAGCAUUUGUCACUUCAGAUCGACCUAUAUAGGGAAAAGAUCGUACAGUGCCUGGUGCUGGGCGAAUACACGAGAUCUGGACCGUACGUGUUAGAGACGGUGAUUAAUUACGUCUACGUAGAGUUUUGUAUUCGUACCGACGCCGACAAAGACACCUGGUUUCUGUUAGCCCUGGAGGUGAACCUGGCUAUGCGGAUGGGCUACCACCGCGAUCCCAGCCAUUUCCCUGGUAUUUCGCCCUUCCAGGGUGAGAUGCGUCGCCGACUGUGGGCAACAGUUUUGAUGGGAGAUAUUCUUGUCUCAAACCAAAUGGGGAUGCCGCGCAUGAUCUCCGACUGGAAAUGGGACACGCUGGAGCCGCGGAACUUGAACGACACGGACUUUGACGAGGGAACGACCGAACUACCUCCGUCGCGUCCUCCAACGGAAUACACAAAUGCCCUAGGAGUGAUCGCGCGGCGGCGCAUCCUGACAGCGCUGGGAGCCGUAGCCGAUCUUACAGACGCGGUUAAACCAUGUAGCUAUGCCGAAGUGAUGCGAGUCGACGGCAUACUACAGGAGGCGGCAGCAAGCAUUCCGCCUCCAUUGAAAAUGAAGCCGAUGGCGAAGAGUGUGACCGACCCUCCCCAGGUUAUCAUGUCCCGGCUGUUUUUGGGCCACAUGGUCUACAAGGGUCAGAUUGUACUCCAUCGCCGGUUUCUGUACACGCGGGCGGCUAAUUCGGACGAUGAUCCAAUGUCCUACUCGCGCAAGACCUGCUUGGACGCUUCGCUGGGCACGCUGGAGAUUCAGCAUGUGCUUGACGAGGAGGCAUGUCCAGGAGGUCAGCUCUAUACUAUGCGAUUUCGAGUGACAUCGAUCAUGAAUCAUCAGUUUCUCACUGCGACCAUGGUCCUCUGUUCAAUGCUUCAUCGGGGACAGACACUGCAGCGGGAACAGGAGAUCCGUACGGCGCUUCAACGAGCCAGGGCCAUUUGGAUGCGAAAGAGCUCCAGCUCCAAAGAGGCAAAGAAGGCGGCUGAGACUGUGAGUUUCGUUCUCGCCAAGGCUGGUAAUGGUCGGAGUCACGACAUCGCUCUGAACCAGGGCAUGUCCCAGGCUAGCGGGAAACAUGGCCUAUCGAACACUGUUCAGACAAGUCCCCGGGACAAUACGUGCACAGGUCUCGAGGAAGAACUGGUAGUGCCGGACAAUAUGAGCUUAUUCGAGCCCGACCACUUUGUCAUGACCGGCUCUCUCGGGAUGUUUACGCCACCAGACCAGCAGGGCCAAAACUUCGGAGCUAACUACAACGGAAUGGAAAGACCACCUGGCGAAUGGAUGCUGAUGAAUUGGCCUGGAGCAGAGUGGUCAUAG